AUGGGCUACUAUUUGUGCGACGACAUAUAUCCAGAGUGGCGUUGCUUCGUUAAGAGUCCGCCGAUGGCAACCAAUCCAAAGGAGGCGAGGUUCAAGAAGAUGCAAGAAUCGGCACGGAAGAAUGUCGAAUGUGCCUUUGGAGUGCUUCAAGCUCGAUGGGGAAUCAUUCGAAGUCCGGCGCGAGGUUGGUACGUCAACAAUCUCAAGGAAAUCAUGAUGUGUUGCAUCAUUCUCCACAGCAUGAUUGUUGAGAACGAAGGUGAAAGAGCUGCCCAUUGGAGAGAUGACGACGCAGGACACAGGGCGUCUAGCAGUGACUCGUUCGAGAGUGCUCGAGCAACACCGGUGUGCUUCGAGCAAUACAUGCAAAGAGAUGCAAUUCUUCGAGAUAGACAGAUACAUGCUCAACUCCAACGUGAUUUGAUCGAGCACAUUUGGGCACGUUUCAGACCUCUACAGCCGGAAUAG